UGCCCAUAGUUAUGAACAUUUUUCUUAAUAGGCGGAAUACCCAUACAGAGGGAAACAUCUCACAGUUAUCCUACCGAAUGGAGCUGGAAGAGCAAAUCCAACAAAGAGAACUGAGAAAAUUGAAAGAAAAACAAGAGGAGGAAAAUUUCAACAAGUGGAUGAUGAAUGACAACUACAAUCCAUGGGGAAGAAGUGGAGCUGGGGCUCCAUUGAGAGAUACAAAGGGAAAUGUCAUCACUUCCAGAAAAGCAAAGAUUACGAAUUUUGGAACAAAUUAUUCAACAAAUUCCUCAUUUUCAGUUGCUGGGGAAGAUCGCUAUAAAGAAGAGCUCAAAAAACAGAUUGAAGAAAAGAAAAAACUAGCAGCACAAGCUAGAGAAAAGGAAUAUGAAGAAGAUGAAAAAUUGGCAAAAAGAAUUGAGGAACAAAGACUAAGGAUGCAAAGAGAGUAUGAAGAAGAACUGGAUAAGAAAAAACGUAAAGAGGAAGAGCUUCGUUUGAGACAAGAAAGGCUGAGGCAGAUACAGGAAGAACGUCAGAAAGAAUCGCUGAAGCGGCAAGAGGAAGCGGAAGAGAAACGAAGACAAGAGCGAGAGAAGAAAGAGAAGGCACAACAAAAG